AUGCGUCGCUUCGUCUCGGCAGAAGAGGAAAGGGCGCGCGCUAGACUGUUUACACAGUCGAUGCGUGGGCGCCACUAUGGCCGCCCCCGACGAGAUCAUGGCGAGGCUAUGGAAAGAGCCCAAAUGUAUGUGGCCGCGAUGCGUCCUAUCCAGCCCGUCACCAGCUCCCCCGAUCACAAGAGCUCACAGGACCCCGUCGCCGGCCUGGGUAGGCUAGCGAUUUUGCCGAAUGAAAUCGUCAUGACAGUCCUCGAGCAAAGCACCCCUCGCACGCUGACCCGACUGCUGCGCAUUAACAAAGCGGCUUCGACUAUGGUCAGACUGCUGCCUGAGUUUGCAUAUGUUCGAGAGACUGCCCGAGGCAUCAUGGAGCGCGCACAGGGACACUACCUCAUCAUUAUGAAGAAGCUCUUCGGUAUCUUGACCUAUCGAGGAAUGCGGCAGCUCCUGAUGAGCAAGGUCUGCGAGAAGUGCGACAAGGCUGGAUCAUCUUUCCGCAUGGUCAAGGUCAAGGUGCUUUGCGAUGAAUGCAACAAUCCGACGAAGAAGAUCAUCUGA